CUGUUGGCAUGGCUCAAGAGUGUGUGAACUGCAAAAUCCAGCCUGGGAAGGUGGUUGUGUUCAUCAAGCCCACCUGCCCAUUCUGUAGGAGGACCCAAGAGAUCCUCAGUCAAUUGCCCAUCAAACAAGGGCUUCUGGAAUUUGUCGAUAUCACAGCCACCAGCCACACUAACGAGAUUCAUUAUUUGGAACAGCUCACGGGAGCAAGAACAGGGCCUCGAGUCUUUAUUGGUAAAGAUUGUAUAGGCAGAUGCAGUGAUCUAGUCACUAUGCAAUAGAGUGGGGAACUGCUGACGCGGCUAAAGCAGAUUGGAGUUUUGCAGUAACCACAGAGCAGGCCACAUGCUGACUUUCCUCCUCAAGAGCUGGAUGGCAUUGCACGUGAUGACAGCACUUCCUGG